CCUGCCAGCCACCAUGGGGCUGCCGCUAGCCCCUCUGGCGGCUGUCUGCCUGGCCCUGUCUGUGGCAGGGGGCUCGGAGCUCCAGACAGAGGGCAGAGCCCGAAACCAUGGCCACAACGUCUGCAGCACCUGGGGCGACUUCCACUACAAGACCUUCGACGGGGACAUCUUCCGCUUCCCCGGCCUCUGCGACUACAACUUCGCCUCCGAUUGCCGAGGCUCCUACAAGGAAUUUGCCGUGCACCUAAAGCGGGGCCCGGGCCAGGCUGGGGCCCCCGCCGGGGUCAAGUCCAUCCUGCUGACCAUCAAGGAUGACACCAUCUACCUCACCCGCCACCUGGCUGUGCUGAACGGGGCCAUGGUCAGCACCCCACACUACAGCCCCGGGCUGCUCAUCGAGAAGAGCGACGCCUACACCAAAGUCUACUCCCGCGCCGGCCUCACCCUCCUGUGGAACCGGGAGGACGCCCUCAUGCUGGAGCUGGACAGUAAGUUCCGGAACCACACCUGUGGCCUCUGCGGGGACUACAACGGCCUACAGAGCUAUUCAGAAUUCCUCUCUGACGGUGUGUUCUUCAGUCCCCUGGAGUUCGGGAACAUGCAGAAGAUCAAUGAGCCCGAUGUGGUGUGUGAGGACCCCGAGGAGACGGUGGCCCUCGCAUCCUGCUCCGAGCACCGCGCCGAGUGUGAGAGGCUGCUGACCGCCGAGGCCUUCGUGGACUGCCAGGACCUGGUGCCGCUGGAGCCGUAUCUGCGCGCCUGCCAGCAGGACCGCUGCCGGUGCCCGGGCGGUGACACCUGCAUCUGCAGUACUGUGGCCGAGUUCUCCCGCCAGUGCUCCCACGCCGGCGGCCGGCCCGGGAACUGGAGGACUGCCACGUUCUGCCCCAAGACCUGCCCUGGGAACCUGGUGUACCUGGAGAGUGGCUCGCCCUGCAUGGACACCUGCUCACACCUGGAGGUGAGCAGCCUGUGCGAGGAGCACCGCAUGGACGGCUGUUUCUGCCCGGAAGGCACCGUGUAUGACGACAUCGGGGGCAGCGGCUGCAUUCCCGUGAGCCAGUGCCACUGCAGGCUGCACGGACACCUGUACACACCGGGCCAGGAGAUCACCAAUGGCUGCGAGCAGUGUGUCUGUAAUGCUGGCCGCUGGGUGUGCAAAGACCUGCCCUGCCCUGGCACCUGCGCCCUGGAAGGCGGCUCCCACAUCACCACCUUCGAUGGGAAGACGUACACCUUCCAUGGGGACUGCUACUACGUCCUGGCCAAGGGUGACCACAACGAUUCCUACGCUCUCCUGGGCGAGCUGGCCCCCUGUGGCUCCACGGACAAGCAGACCUGCCUGAAGACAGUGGUGCUGCUGGCCGACAAGAAGAAGAAUGUGGUCGUCUUCAAGUCUGAUGGCAGCGUGCUGCUCAACGAGCUGCAGGUGAACCUGCCCCACGUGACCGCGAGCUUCUCCGUCUUCCGCCCGUCUUCCUACCACAUCAUCGUGAGCAUGGCCAGCGGCCUCCGGCUGCAGGUGCAGCUGGCCCCAGUCAUGCAACUCUUCCUGACGCUGGACCAGGCCUCCCAGGGGCAGGUGCAGGGCCUCUGUGGGAACUUCAACGGCCUGGAAGGUGAUGACUUCAAGACGGCCAGUGGGCUGGUGGAGGCCACGGGGGCCGGCUUUGCCAACACCUGGAAGGCACAGUCAAGCUGCCAUGACAAGCUGGCCCCCCCAACAACCACCCCAACCACCACUCCCAGCCCCCCAAAACCACAACCACCCCCCCACCAACCCACUCCCAGCCCCCCAACAACCACCACAACCACCCCUCCACCAACCACCACUCCCAGCCCCCCAACAACCACCCCAACCACCACUCCCAGCCCCCCAACAACCACCACAACCACCCCUCCACCAACCACCACUCCCAGCCCCCCAACAACCACCCCAACCACCACUCCCAGCCCCCCAACAACCACCACAACCACCCCUCCACCAACCACCACUCCCAGCCCCCCAACAACCACCACAACCACCCCUCCACCAACCACCACUCCCAGCCCCCCCCCCCAACCCCACUCCCACCCCCCAACCACCAACAACCACCCCCCACCAACCACCACUCCCAGCCCCCACCCCCAACAAACCACCCCACAACCACCCACUCCAGCCCCCCACCAACCACCCCACACCACCACUCCCAGCCCCCCAACAACCACCCCAACCACAACUCCCAGCCCUCCAACAACCACCACAACCACCACUCCCAGCCCUCCAACAACUACUCCUCUCUCUCCAUCAAUAACUCCUUCUACAUUUUCAACAUUCUCAACGACAACCCCUACUACCCCAUGCGUGCCUGUCUGCAUUUGGACUGGCUGGCUGGAUUCUGGAAAACCUGACUUUAACAAACCAGGUGGAGAUACAGAAUUGAUUGAAGGCAUCUGCGAAUCAGGAUGGGCAGCUAACAUCUCUUGCAGAGCCACCAUGCAUCCUGAUGUUCCCAUUGGACAGCUUGGACAAACAGUGGUGUGUGACAUCCAUGAGGGGCUAGUAUGCAAAAAUGAAGACCAAAAGCCAGGUGGGGUCAUUCCUAUGGCCUUCUGCCUCAACUAUGAGAUCAACGUUCAGUGCUGUAAGUGUGUCACCCAACCCACGACCAUGACAAUAACCACCACAGAGACUCCAACCUCAACACCCACCACAACCAUCACCACCACAGAGACUCCAACUCUGACACCCACCACCACAGAGACUCUAACCCCAACACCCAUCACCACCACCACUACAGUGACCCCAACCCCGACAACCAUCCCCACCACCACUUCAGUGACAUCAACCCCAACGCCCACUAGCACAGAGACGCCAACCCCGACACCGAUCACCACCACCACCACGGUGACCCCAACCACAACACCCACCAGCACACAGACCCCAACACCGACAUCCAUCACCACCACCACCACGACAGCGACACCAACCCCAACACCCACCAGCACCCAGACCCCAACUUCGACACCCAUCACCACCACCACCACGACAGCAACACCAACCCCAACACCCACCAGCACACAAACCCCAACCUCGACACCCAUCACCACCACCAGCACGACAACCCCAACCCCGACACCCACCAGCACACAGACCCCAACCACUCCACCAACACCUAUCACCACCACCACUACAGUGACCCCAACCACAACACCCACCACCACCACAGAGACCCCAACCCCAACACCCACCACUACCACUACAGUGACACCAACCCCAACACCUACAACCACAGAGACCCCAACACCUACCAACACAGUGACACCAACCCCAACACCCACCAGCACCCAGACCCCAACUUCGACACCCAUCACCACCACCAGCACGACAGCGACACCAACCCCAACACCCACCAGCACACAGACCCCAACCCCGACACCCACCAGCACACAGACCCCAACCACUCCACCAACACCUAUCACCACCACCACUACAGUGACCCCAACUACAACACCCACCACCACCACCACAGAGACCCCAACCCCAAAACCCACCACUACCACUACAGUGACACCAACCCCGACACCUACAACCACAGAGACCCCAACCCCAACACCUACCAACACAGUGACACCAACCCCAACACCCACCAGCACCCAGACCCCAACUUUGACACCCAUCACCACCACCACCACGACAGCGACACCAACCCCAACAGCCACCAGCACACAGACCCCAACCUCGACACCCAUCACCACCACCACCACGACAGCGACACCAACCCCAACACCCACCAGCACACAGACCCCAACCUCGACACCCAUCACCACCACCAGCACGACAGCGACACCAACCCCAACACCCACCAGCACACAGACCCCAACCCCAACACCCACCAGCACACAGACCCCAACCACUCCACCAACACCUAUCACCACCACCACUACAGUGACCCCAACUACAACACCCACCACCACCACCACAGAGACCCCAACCCCAACACCCACCACUACCACUACAGUGACACCAACCCCAACACCUACAACCACAGAGACCCCAACCCCAACACCUACCAACACAGUGACACCAACCCCAACACCCACCAGCACCCAGACCCCAACUUCGACACCCAUCACCACCACCACCACGACAGCAACACCAACCCCAACACCCACCAGCACACAGACCCCAACCCUGACACCCACCACCACUACCACUACAGUGACACCAACCCCAACACCUACAACCACAGAGACCCCAACCCCAACACCUACCAACACAGUGACACCAACCCCAACAACCACCAGCACCCAGACCCCAACUUCGACACCCAUCACCACCACCACCACGACAGCGACACCAACCCCAACAGCCACCAGCACACAGACCCCAACCUCGACACCCAUCACCACCACCACCACGACAGCGACACCUACCCCAACACCCACCAGCACACAAACCCCAACCUCGACACCCAUCACCACCACCAGCACGACAGCGACACCAACCCCAACACCCACCAGCACACAGACCCCAACACCAACACCUAUCACCACCACCACUACAGUGACCCCAACUACAACACCCACCACCACCACCACAGAGACCCCAACCCCAACACCUACAACCACAGAGACCCCAACACCUACCAACACAGUGACACCAACCCCAACACCCACCAGCACCCAGACCCCAACUUUGACACCCAUCACCACCACCACCACGACAGCGACACCAACCCCAACACCCACCAGCACACAGACCCCAACCCCGACACCCACCACCACUACCACUACAGUGACACCAACCCCAACACCUACAACCACAGAGACCCCAACCCCAACACCUACCAACACAGUGACACCAACCCCAACAACCACCAGCACCCAGACCCCAACUUCGACACCCAUAACCACCACCACCACGACAGCAACACCAACCCCAACACCCACCAGCACACAAACCCCAACCUCGACACCCAUCACCACCACCAGCACGACAGCGACACCAACCCCAACACCCACCAGCACACAGACCCCAACCCCGACACCCACCAGCACACAGACCCCAACCACUCCACCAACACCUAUCACCACGACCACUACAGUGACCCCAACCACAACACCCACCACCACCACCACAGAGACCCCAACCCCAACACCCACCACUACCACUACAGUGACACCAACCCCAACACCUACAACCACAGAGACCCCAACCCCAACACCUACCAACACAGUGACCCCAACCCCAACACCCACUAGCACCCAGACCCCAACUUCGAUACCCAUCACCACCACCACCACGACAGCGACACCAACCCCAACACCCACCAGCACACAGACCCCAACCCUGACACCCAUCACCACCACCACCACAACAACCCCAACCCCGACACCCACCAGCACACAGACCCCAACCACUCCACCAACACCUAUCACCACCACCACUACAGUGACCCCAACUACAACACCCACCACUACCACUACAGUGACACCAACCCCGACACCUACAACCACAGAGACCCCAACCCCAACACCUACCAACACAGUGACCCCAACCCCAACACCCACCAGCACUCAGACACCAACUUCGACACCCAUCACCACCACUACCACGACAGCGACACCAACCCCAACACCCACCAGCACACAGACCCCAACCCCGACACCCAUCACGACCACCACCACGACAGCGACACCAACCCCAACACCCACCAGCACACAGACCCCAACCUCGACACCCAUCACCACCACCACCACGACAACCCCAACCCCGACACCCACCAGCACACAGACCCCAACCACUCCACCAACACCUAUCACCACGACCACUACAGUGACCCCAACCACAACACCCACCACCACCACCACAGAGACCCCAACCCCAACACCCAGCACUACCACUACAGUGACACCAACCCCAACACCUACAACCACAGAGACCCCAAUCCCAACACCUACCAACACAGUGACACCAACCCCAACACCCACCAGCACCCAGACCCCAACUUCGACACCCAUCACCACCACCACCACGACAGCGACACCAACCCCAACACCCACCAGCACACAGACCCCAACCUCGACACCCAUCACCACCACCACCACAACAACCCCAACCCCGACACCCACCAGCACACAGACCCCAACCACUCCACCAACACCUAUCACCACCACCACUACAGUGACCCCAACCACAACACCCACCACCACCACCACAGAGACCCCAACCCCAACACCCACCACUACCACUACAGUGACACCAACCCCGACACCUACAACCACAGAGACCCCAACCGCAACACCUACCAACACAGUGACACCAACUCCAACACCCACCAGCACCCAGACCCCAACUUCGACAGCCAUCACCACCACCACCACCACGACAGCAACACCAACCCCAACACCCACCAGCACACAGACCCCAACCCCGACACCCAUCACCACCACCACGACAGCGACACCAACCCCAACACCCACCAGCACACAGACCCCAACCCCGACACCCAUCACCACCACCACCACGACAGCGACACCAACCCCAACACCCACCAGCACACAGACCCCAACCCCGACACCCAUCACCACCACCACCACGACAGCGACACCAACCCCAACACCCACCAGCACACAGACCCAAACCCCGACACCCAUCACCACCACCACCACGACAGCGACACCAACCCCAACACCCACCAGCACAGAGACCCCAACCUCGACACCCAUCACCACCACCACCACGACAACCCCAACCCCAACACCCACGACCACCACUACAGUGACACCAACCCCGACACCUACAACCACAGAGACCCCAACACCUACCAACACAGUGACACCAACCCCAACACCCACCAGCACCCAGACCCCAACUUCAACACCCAUCACCACCACCACCACGACAGCAACACCAACCCCAACACCCACCAGCACACAGACCCCAACCCCGACACCCAUCACCACCACCACCACGACAGCGACACCAACCCCAACACCCACCAGCACACAGACCCCAACCCUGACACCCAUCACCACCACCACCACGACAGUGACACCAACCCCAACACCCACCAGCACACAGACCCCAACCCCAACAUCCAUCACCACCACUACCACGGUGACCCCAACACCAACACCCACCAGCACACAGACCCCAACCCCGACACCCAUCACCACCACCACCACGACAGUGCCUCCAACCACAACAUCCACGAGCACACAGACCCCCACCUCGACACCCAUCACCACUACCACUUUGGUGCCAUCAACCCCAACACCCACUGGCACACAGACCCCAACCCCGAUAUCCAUCACCACCACCACUAAGGUGACCCCAACCCCAACAUCCACCAGCACACAGACUCCAACCCCGACACUCAUCACCACCACCACGACAGUGACCCCAACCCCGACAAGCAUCACCACCACCACUUCGGUGACAUCAACCCCAACACCCACCAGCACACAGACCCCAACCCCGACACCCACCAGCACACAAACCCCAACCACUCCACCAACACCUAUCACAACCACCACUAUAGUGACCCCAAGCACAGCACCCACCACCACCACCACAGAGACCCCAACCCCAACACCCACCACCACCACUACAGUGACACCCACCCCGACACCUACAACCACAGAGACCCCAACCCCAACACCUACCAACACAAUGACACCAACCCCAACACCCACCAGCCCACAGACCCCAACCCCGACACCCAUCACCACCACCACCACGAUAGCGACACCAACCCCAACACCCACCAGCACUCAGACCCCAACCGCGACACCCAUCACCACCACCACCACGACAGCGACACCAACCCCAACACCCACCAGCACACAGACCCCAACCCCGACACCCAUCACCACCACCACCACGACAGCGACACCAACCCCAACACCUACCAGCACACAGACCCCAACCCCGACAUCCAUCACCACCACUACCACGGUGACCCCAACCCCAACACCCACCAGCACACAGACCCCAACCACUCCACCAACACCUAUCACCACCACCACUACAGUGACCCCCACCACAACAGCCACCACCACCGCCACAGAGACCCCAACACCUACCACCACCACUACAGUGACACCAACCCCGACACCUACAACCACAGAGACCCCAACCCCAACACCUACCAACACAGUGACACCAACCCCAACACCCACCAGCACACAGACCCCAACCCCUACACCCAUCACCAGCAACACCACAGCAAUGACACCAACCCCAACACCCACCAGCACACAGACCCCAACCCCGACACCCAUCACCACCACCAGCACGACAGCGACACCAACCCCAACACCCACCAGCACACAGACCCCAACCCCGACAUCCAUCACCACCACUACCACGGUGACCCCAACCCCAACACCCACCAGCACACAGACCCCAACCCCAACACCCACCAGCACACAGACCCCAACCACUCCACCAACACCUAUCACCACCACCACUACAGUGACCCCCACCACAACAGCCACCACCACCGCCACAGAAACCCCAACACCCACCACCACCACUACAGUGACACCAACCCCGACACCUACAACCACAGAGACCCCAACCCCAACACCUACCAACACAGUGACACCAACCCCAACACCCACCAGCACACAGACCCCAACCCCUACACCCAUCACCAGCAACACCACAGUAAUAACACCAACCCCAACACCCACCAGCACACAGACCCCAACCCUGACACCCAUCACCACCACCACCACGACAGCAACACCAACCCCAACACCCACCAGCACACAGACCCCAACCCCAACAUCCAUCACCACCACUACCACGGUGACCCCAACACCAACACCCACCAGCACACAGACCCCAACCCCGACACCCAUCACCACCACCACCAGGACAGUGACUCCAACCACAACACCCACCAGCACACAGACCCCAACACCCACCAGCACACAGACCCCAACCACUCCACCAACACCUAUCACCACCACCACUACAGUGACCCCAACCACAACACCCACCACCACCACCACCACAGAGACCCCAACCCCAACACCCACGACCACCACUACAGUGACACCAACCCCGACACCUACAACCACAGAGACCCCAACCCCAACACCUACCAACACAGUGACACCAACCCCAACACCCACCAGCACCCAGACCCCAACUUCAACACCCAUCACCACCACCACCACGACAGCAACACCAACCCCAACCCACCAGCACACAGACCCCAACCCCGACACCAUCACCACCACCACCACGACAGCGACACCAACCCCAACACCCACCAGCACACAGACCCCAACCCUGACACCCAUCACCACCACCACCACGACAGUGACACCAACCCCAACACCCACCAGCACACAGACCCCAACCCCAACAUCCAUCACCACCACUACCACGGUGACCCCAACACCAACACCCACCAGCACACAGACCCCAACCCCGACACCCAUCACCACCACCACCACGACAGUGCCUCCAACCACAACAUCCACGAGCACACAGACCCCCACCUCGACACCCAUCACCACUACCACUUUGGUGCCAUCAACCCCAACACCCACUGGCACACAGACCCCAACCCCGAUAUCCAUCACCACCACCACUAAGGUGACCCCAACCCCAACAUCCACCAGCACACAGACUCCAACCCCGACACUCAUCACCACCACCACGACAACCCCAACCCCGACACCCACCAGCACACAAACCCCAACCACUCCACCAACACCUAUCACAACCACCACUAUAGUGACCCCAAGCACAGCACCCACCACCACCACCACAGAGACCCCAACCCCAACACCCACCACCACCACUACAGUGACACCCACCCCGACACCUACAACCACAGAGACCCCAACCCCAACACCUACCAACACAAUGACACCAACCCCAACACCCACCAGCCCACAGACCCCAACCCCGACACCCAUCACCACCACCACCACGAUAGCGACACCAACCCCAACACCCACCAGCACUCAGACCCCAACCGCGACACCCAUCACCACCACCACCACGACAGCGACACCAACCCCAACACCCACCAGCACACAGACCCCCACCCCGACACCCAUCACCAAUACCACUUCGGUGCCAUCAACCCCAACACCCACUGGCACACAGACCCCAACCCCGUCACCCAUCGCCACCACCACUACAGUGACCCCAACCCCAACAUCUACCAGCACUCAGACCCCAACCCCGAUACCCAUCACCACCACCACUACGGUGACCCCAACCCCAACAUCCACCAGCACACAGACCCCAACCCUGACACCCAUCACCACCACCACUACGGUGACCCCAACCCCAACAUCCACCAGCACACAGACCCCAACCCCGACACCCAUCACCACCACCACUACGAUGACGUCAACCCCAACACCUACGACUACAAGCACGGAGAUCCCCAGCCCCACAAGCACAGCACCCAUUUCUGAGUCAACCACAUCCAAACCCCCACCUGAGUCCUCAACCCCUCAGAUAUCUCGGUCCACCUCUUCCCCUCCCACGGAGUCAACCACCCUUUUGAGUACUGCACCACCUACCAUUGAGACGACCAGUACGGCCCCACCCUCCACACCCACGUCACCUACAGCCACCACGACGGGAGGCCACACGCCGUCUCCACCGCCCAGCACCACCACGGCCCCUCCAGGCACCCCCACUCACAGUACCACGACCGGGUCAUCUGCACCCACCACCCCCAGCACUGUGCAGACGACCACCACCAGCGCCUGGACCCCCACACCGACCCCAAUCUCCACACUCAGCAGCAUCACGACUACAGGCCUGAAGCCGUCCAUCAUUAAAUGCUGUGAACUGAACGACACCUUCUACGCACCAGGUGAGGUGGUGUACAACGGCACACACGGAGACACCUGCUAUUUCGUGAACUGCUCACUGAGCUGUACCUUGGAGUUCUAUAACUGGUCCUGCCCAUCCACGCCCUCCCCAACGCCCACGCCCUCCAAGUCGACGCCCACGUCUUCCAAGCCAUCGCCCACGCCCUCCAAGCCAACGCCCAGCACCACCAAGCCCCCCGCGUGCCCAGACUUUGAUCCUCCCAGACAGGAGAACGAGACCUGGUGGCUGUGCGACUGCUUCAUGGCCACGUGCAAGUACAACAACACAGUGGAGAUCGUGAGGGUGGAGUGUGAGCCGCCGCCCAUGCCCACCUGCUCCAACGGCCUCACCCCCGUGCGCGUCAGCGACCCUGACGGCUGCUGCUGGCAUUGGGAGUGCGACUGCUACUGCACGGGCUGGGGGGACCCGCACUAUGUCACCUUCGAUGGACUGUACUACAGCUACCAGGGCAACUGCACCUACGUGCUGGUGGAGGAGAUCAGCCCGUCCGUGGACAACUUCGGAGUUUACAUCGAUAACUACCACUGUGACCCCAACGACAAGGUGUCCUGCCCCCGCACCCUCAUCGUGCGCCAUGAGACCCAGGAGGUGCUGAUCAAGACCGUGCACAUGAUGCCUAUGGAGGUUCAGGUACAGGUGAACAGGCAGGCGGUGGCAGUGCCCUACAAGAAGUACGGGCUGGAGGUGUCCAAGUCUGGCAUCAACUACGUGGUGGACAUCCCCGAGCUGGGCGUCCUCGUCUCCUAUAAUGGCCUGUCCUUCUCUGUCAGGCUACCCUACCACCGGUUCGGCAACAACACCAAGGGCCAGUGCGGCACCUGCACCAACACCACCUCUGACGACUGCAUUCUGCCCACUGGGGAGAUCGUCUCCAACUGUGAGGCUGCGGCCGACCAGUGGAUAGUGAACGACCCCUCCAAGCCACACUGCCCCCACAGCAGCUCCACGACCAAGCGCCCGCCCGUCACUGUGCCCGGGGGCAACAAAACGACCCCACACAAGGGCUGCACCCCAUCUCCCCUCUGCCAGCUCAUCAAGGACAGCCUGUUUGCCCAGUGCCAUGCGCUGGUGCCCCCACAGCACUACUACGACGCCUGCGUAUUCGACAGCUGCUUUGUGCCGGGCUCAAGCCUGGAGUGUGCCAGUCUGCAGGCCUACGCAGCCCUCUGCGCCCAGCAGGGCGUCUGCCUCGACUGGCGGAACCACACGCAUGGGGCCUGCUUGGUGGAGUGCCCGUCUCACAGGGAGUACCAGGCCUGUGGCCCUGCAGAAGAGCCCACGUGCAAAUCCAGCUCCUCCCAGCAGAACAACACAGUCCUGGUGGAAGGUUGCUUCUGUCCUGAGGGCACCAUGAACUACGCCCCUGGCUUUGAUGUCUGCGUGAAGACCUGCGGCUGCGUGGGACCUGACAAUGUGCCCAGAGAGUUUGGGGAGCACUUUGAGUUCGACUGCAAGAACUGUGUCUGCCUGGAGGGUGGAAGUGGCAUCGUCUGCCAGACCAAGAGGUGCAGCCAGAAGCCUGUUACCCAUUGUGUGGAAGACGGCACCUACCUCGCCACGGAGGUCAACCCUGCCGACACCUGCUGCAACAUUACCGUCUGCAAGUGCAACACCAGCCUGUGCAAAGAGAAGCCCCCCGAGUGCCCGCUGGGAUUUGAAGCGAAGAGCAAGAUGGUGCCUGGCAGGUGCUGCCCCUUCUACUGGUGUGAGUCCAAGGGGGUGUGCGUUCACGAGAAUGCUGAGUACCAGCCCGGUUCUCCAGUUUAUUCCUCCAAGUGCCAGGACUGCGUGUGCACGGACAAGGUGGACAACAGCACCCUGCUCAACACCAUCACCUGCACCCAUGUGCCCUGCAGCACCUCCUGCAGCCCAGGCUUUGAACUCGUGGAGGCCCCCGGGGAAUGCUGCAAGAAGUGUGAACAGACGCACUGUAUCCUCAAGCAGCCUGACAACCAGCACGUCAUCCUGAAGCCUGGGGACUUCAAGAGCGACCCCAAGAACAACUGCACAUUCUUCAGCUGCGUGAAGAUCCACAACCAGCUCAUCUCGUCCAUCUCCAACAUCACCUGCCCCAACUUUGACGCCAGCAUUUGUGUCCCGGGCUCCAUCACACUCAUGCCCAAUGGAUGCUGCAAGACCUGCAUCCCUCGCAAUGAGACCAGGGUGCCCUGCUCCACCGUCCCCGUCAUCACGGAGGUUUCGUACGCCGGCUGCACCAAGACUGUCCUCAUGAAUCAUUGCUCCGGGUCCUGCGGGACAUUUGCCAUGUACUCGGCCAGGGCCCAGUCCCUGGACCACGGGUGCUCCUGCUGCAGAGAAGAGAAAACCAGCCAGCGUGAGGUGGUCCUGAGCUGCCCCAAUGGUGGCUCGCUGGCACACACCUACACGCACAUCGAGAGCUGCCAGUGCCAGGACACCAUCUGCGAGUUGCCCACCGACACCUCCCGCCGGGCCCGGCGCUCCCCCAGGCAUCUGGGGAGUGGGUGAACUGGGUGGGCACAGCCACCCUUCACUGCCCUCCACAGCUCUGCCUCCCCCGGACCCUCUGAGCUUCCUGGCCUCCUAAGCUUGGCUUCCUCUCUUCAGAUAUUUAUUGUCUGAGUCUUUGUUCAGUCUUUGCUUUCCAAUAAUAAACUCAGGCAGACACGC